AUGAUCAUCCCGCCCGACCCAGAAAAGGACCCGCGUCUCUUCGCCGAGUCGCGGGCCUCGCUGGUCACUGUCGAGGCUGACUUGGUCGACCUGGCAGACCUCGAUGGUCCCCAGCUGCCAGCCGUCGCGUACCACCCGCCAGGGACGUAUCCGUACGAUGCGUCGCCGUUUGCAGACGACUUUGCGGUGUACCCCGCCGAAGACCUGCCUCCCUACGAGGGCCGACGAGCACGGACAAGCGCAGCAACGGUGGCAGCAGCAGCAACAGCAGCAGGGGAGCAACGACAACGGCGGUCGACACGGAACAGUGGCCCUCCAACGGGCUUGCUGGUACGCACGACCAGUGUGAGCGGCUCGUCGACGUCCAGCCGUUCGUCGGCGCACUCUUCGUUUGGCCGCCUGCUAUCGACACGUCGAGCGUCGUCUACCCGACCUGAUGCCGUUGACGCAAUUACUCCCACCAGCACCACCAGCACUGCGGUGCACCGCGACGACGACCACAACGAGCGGUCCAAGUUGUGGGAGGGACUUGUCAUCGACCCGAGCGACAAGAAGCAGUGGUGCGGCAUCCCCAUCCCAGGGCGACCACGGGUACCCGUGUCACCCGAGAUGCGCGACUUUUGGCGCAAGCAUCGACGAUGGAUCAUCUUGCUGUCAAUAUUGGUCGGUGGCGCCAUCCUUGUCGGGGCAGGUCUUGCUGCCGGGUUUGUGUCGGCCAUGAAGACACGAAAGAACGAUGCAAAGCAAAAGACAUGGCACGGCAAGCCACCACCGCAAAACACAGUUGAGACGGGCAACCUCACCAUCACGUACGAGCCCAAACGCGAUGGGCCCACAACAGAAGACGGCACACCGUACAACUGCAACAACUUUCAACCGCUCAACACGUCGGGCUCGCUGAGCCAGCUGGCCGUGUCGAGCGAGUACUUUGACCACUACAUCACCACUUACACAUGGCCACUCAACGCCACAAUGAAUGGGCUGCCGAGCCUGUCGGACCCCCUCUACUUUAUCGCCAGCGGUCUCGCCACCUCGGGCACCGUCGAGUUUAUUGGCACCAACGCGCCUGCCGAUGUCAUUGCUGGAGGCACCGAGGGUGUCGUCCAGCUGGAUGUUCUCGUCCGCGUUCCCCUGAACCGCACCAUGGACUCGCUCGCUCGUGUAUGCCAACUGGAACGAGCGGACGGUUCCCAGGGCGUGGGCAUCUUCACUCCCCUCCAGACGGACAGUGGCGGUGCAGCACCAUACCUCCUAAACCCGCUAGAGACACCGGGAUUCCACACGGUCAUCCGUCUGCCACCGUCGAUGCUGGCCGCCAAGGCCCCAUCCGCAUUCCUCCCCAAUGUCUCCCUGGACCUGGCGCAGAUGGGUGUUCGCAUCGGCAACUUUGCGACGGUCGCCGAGUUUGGCCACCUUGACAUUCAGGCCGACUGCCGUGGUGGCGGUGUCGUCGUCAGCUCUGUGGUAGCACAGGCCAUUUCCAUUGCCGGUUCUGAAGGAACCGUGCAGGGCCUCUUCAACGUGUCCCAGGCUCUGAGCAUCAACUCGACGUCGGGCACCAUCCUCGCCAACGUCAUCCUGCACAACCCCAGCGACACGUCGGACAACUCGACGACGCUGACGUCGACAAUGCCCGGCUUGCGGCGUCGUUACAACAACCAAGGUGACAGCAACAACCACGGAAACCCCCAGCAGUACCAGCAGUACGCCGAGUACCAGGCUCAGAUCCACGAGCCCACGCACUGGAUCAACACCACGUUCCUCACCAACGAGGGCUUCAUCUUUGUCGACUUCCUCCACCACCCGCCAUCCACCGCGCUCCAGACCACGGUCAUGUCCCAGUCGGGCAUUGUCGAUGUGUCGAUGCACCCCAACUUUGUCGGGCCGUUUGCACUGGAAAAUCUCUGGGGCGCCAUCCGGCUGCCACCCUUGGCAUCCACCACCUUGGUCGACCCGCUGAACAUGGGCCGGUCGCGCAUGUAUGCCCAGGGCACGAUCGACGUGGCCAACAGCACAUUCUUUGACCGCGCACCGCUACUCUCACACCUGUCGACGGCCGCCACGUCCGUCACGGGUGCUGCGUUCUGGGCGUACCCGCGGGGAGACAUCCCCACGCCGCUACAGGUCCAGAACGGCGCCGAAGGCAAGGGAUCCGGCCUCGUCGCGCUCGCCAACCUCGGCGACUUGCAGGUCACCUUUGACGGGACCUAG